AGGUACAAUGAUGUCCUUGGCGGAGUCUUAUUAUGUUAUGACACAUUACGAGCACAACAAACUUCAGCACGCACUAUCAGUGACUCUCCCUUCGGCCAUUUCGACGUGGACGCGUCACUGCUACUGUUCGCCCCCAUCAUCGGUUCUGAAAUGGUGGGGAUUGUUCACAAAGUUUCCGAGGACCACGUGGGUAUCCUGGUGUUUGGAUCGUUCAAUGUGUCGAUUCCUAAAAACUUCAUACACAGUGAUCUGAUGUACGACAAAGACGAGUUCAAAUGGUACGAUCCGGCGGAUGACAGCGGAGCACGAUUCGAAGAAGGGAGCACUGUUCGCUUUGAAAUACAGAGCUGGGAAACAAAGAAUGACGUCUUCUAUAUAAUCGGCGCCCUACCAAGCGACAAGAAAAGAAUAGUGAUUGCCAACGCAGAAGCAGCCGAGGAAGAAGAAUCCGAGGCAGAAGACUUAGAGUUGGACAACAAGACAAUCGAGGACUUAGAAGCAACCGGUGUUGUGAGCAGUGCAGAAAGUGACGAAGAGACGAGAAACGCCAUCGUUCCUGUCAAGCAAGAACAGUUUGACGCGAGUAUUACGAAUGCGAAUGCGGAUGCGGGUACUGGAACAGUCGAGAAGGUUAGGAAAGUUAAGAAGGAGAAGAAAGACAAGAAAGACAAAAAGUCACGGAAAAGAAAAGUGAGCGAGGCUGAACCUGUGGGGGAAGCAGAGACAGCCGAAGUAAUUCAGGAAGCCCCUCAGGAACAGAAGAAAGUGAAGAAGGAGAAGAAAAUUAAGGAGGAAAAGAAAGAUAAGAAGUCUAAGAAGACUAAGAAAUCCAAGAAAUGAUUUAGCAAAUACUUAGUUAGUUAUUAGAGUGUAAAUAGAGGACCACAAGGCAAUGAACGUGCAUGAAUUAGUGGUGCUACCAUAACUUCUUUCGAAAAUGCUUGUUCUUAGUCAUGACCCUCUAAAGAAAAAUUAAAAAUAUUCCACAACGGACUAAAGUCCGGAGGACUUUGUCUUGGUUCAGUUUACGAUCAUCGUACACCGGCUAACAGGAAAUAUUGAAAAGUGUACCAUCUGGCGUGUGGGUGUGUGAGAAACUGGAAAUAAAUGAAGCUGGACAGGAGAGAACACUCUCAUCCUACAAUGCUAUAUCUUCAAGUGCA